AUGACUACUCUUGAGCCCGGACGUGUCCUUUCCAUCCAGUCUCAUGUCGUUUCUGGAUAUGUCGGAAAUCGAGCUGCGACAUUCCCCUUACAGACAUUAGGAUACGACGUGGACGUGGUCAACACCGUGCAGUUCUCUAAUCACACUGGAUACGGUCACACCAAUGGGCACAAAACAACUCCAGAACAGCUUUCCGCCAUCUUUGACGGCUUAAUCACAAAUGGAUUGGUGGCCCAUUCACGAAUACUUACUGGCUAUGUCCCUGGUGCUGAAGCGUUACAGGUGGUCGCGGAACAAAUCAAAAUAAUGAAAGAGGCCGACCCAGAGAUCAUCUAUGUGCUAGACCCGGUCAUGGGAGAUAUGGGCACUGGACUUUAUGUAUCGGAAGAUGUCGUGCCAGUCUACAGGGAGAUGUUACAUUUAGCAACAAUAAUCACACCAAAUCAGUUCGAAGUAGAGCUCUUGUCCGGCAUUAACAUCACGUCACUGGAUACUCUUCACACAGCUCUCCAACAACUGCACACUGUCAACUCCCUCCCGCACGUCGCCUUUUCCUCCAUUCCCUUACCAAUCGCUCUAGUCUCAUCAAUGAACCUCCCCUGCCCUCCAUCAUCCUAUACAAAUUUACUACCCAACCCCAUACCGCCUUGGUACGACGCCGUCGGAGAUGGAGAACCCGAGGAUGAAGUACUCGUCUGUUUUGCUAGCAGUCAGGAGGAAGAGCACAUGGAAACUUGGGCAUUUGCUCUUCCAACCAUACGAGGAUAUUUCUCAGGAGUCGGAGACCUCUUCUCAGCAAUGGUACUGGCCCAUUUCGAGAAUCCUGAUUCUCACUCUGACUUACCACCAUUGGCGCACGCUGUUUCCAAAGCUCUUCUGACAGUCCAGCAAAUUUUGCUUCGCACUCACCUGUAUUCUCUUGCUCAGACGACAACGUCAGGCACAGCUACCCCGCGGCCUUUACAUCACCCUUCGAAUGAUCAGCAUGUCAUCCCGUCCGAUGCCGAACUCGACGCCAUCAACCCGUCAAAUCCGAAAGACCCUAAAAGAAAGGCAAAGCGCAUGCGACUGAGAGAGCUACGAGUGGUCCAGGAGCGAGCAUUGAUCGCAGAAGGUGGGCAAGGAUGGCCUGGUAGAAAACUAGACUGGUCUGCAACUCUUAAUCAUGGGAUAUAA